AUGAUGAUGAAAUCCUCACAGCUGCACAAGCAAGACUCAAGACCUCUAACCAGUCAGCUGAUCCCACUUCAUGGCCAACACCACCUCCGCAUCAGUCUUCUUGCCACCAGCCUCGGUCGUCUUAUCGAACGACCGGAUCUUGCCCUUCUCAAACCCAGCAUACUCCAGCACAUCCGCCAGCUUCUCAAUCUUGCCCUUGGACUGAUACUUCAUCUUAUCCUCCAAGCUGACCGUCAACUGCCCGUCCUCACCCUGCUGCCCGCUCUCCGUCUUGAUGGACACCACGACCGCCACCCCCUUGGGCUGCAGCGAGUAAAUCAUCGCCUUCAUCCCCUGCAUAAUGAACUUGGGGUCCUCGGAGGCGACGCCAAAAAUGGCGUGCGUGAAGUGGUCCAUGUCCAGCUGCUCGACGGCCUUGUACGUCGCCACGCCCUCGAUGCGCGCGGCCUCCUCGCCCGGGAUGCCGCGCUUCGCCACCGUAAUCUUCGGCCCGUACGGCGUGCGCACGGCCUCGGUGGAUUUGUAGAUGGCGUGGGCGACGUGCGCGUCACUCACGAGCACGUUGGAGCCGCCGUCGAUUUUGAUGCGCGCGCCGAACUCGCGGAUGACCUGGUCGAGCACGUCGCCGAUGGCUUUUUCGUUGUUGGCCAUGUUGUCGUUGUCGUUGUCCUUGGUCUUGUUAAUGCAAAGGGGUAUUGGAGCUGGAGAUAUAUUGAAGGUGAAGAUGAGAGAGAGAUACACCGGAAGUCUCUCGCCACAGCGCCUUUCGCGGGAAAAUAAUGGUCCCUUUCGUCCGAGAUAGGAAAUUACCAAACCCAACCCUCCCGCCGUUUGACGUCACUCUUUCACGCGAGCAUCCGGGCUGCUUUACGAGUGCAUUGAGACCAGAAAACCUUGUCCUAAAUCUGCUGGCCACUACUCCUCUCACUCUCCAGACGUGCACGCGAGUUUUGGCUCUGCAUGUGAGCGAGCUGAGCUGCCCUUCCCCUUCGCUGCCCACUCCCAUCCUCGAUGAUCGCCUCGCAACCCCACGUGUAGGGCCAACAUCCUGCGCUGAAUGCCAACCCCGUC